AGACGCUUCCAACACUCCUGAACCGACGGAGCCAUCGGGCAUCACGAGGAGCGCUUAUAUCGUCAGCGCUUCAGUGAGCUUCUCCACUUCUCCGGGCCUCAAGAGGACUAUUGGCUGUAGCGUGCUGGACGGAUGAGCGGGAUGCGCGCGCGUCAGACUCUGGCAUUCCCGUCAUUCCAGCGGGCAGCUCUCCGGGCGCUCGCGGCCUUCACGAUGAUUCUCGCGACCUCCGUGCGGAGCAACUACGUUUAUGGUAAGAAACCC